AUGUUCGACAAGCCCGACGUCGUCUCUGAACGGUCCCGUCUCACAGACAACUACCCAGACGCCUUUACCGACACUUACGGCACGGUCAGCGGGGCUCCAUUCAUUUACAAGACGGGCCCUGCUUGGCCUAAACGCGAGCGUGGACUGGAAGCGCAGCCAUACAUCCGCGAGAUCCGCCCCGUUCACAACCACCCCAUCACAUCCUCCUGGCCCAAGAUCCUCAGGGAUACCGAGGCAUAUCUUGAGGAUCGCGGGGUCAAGUUCACGGCGAUCACAGGCUUUGGCUUCGCCAACGCUCGAGACAAGACCCCCUUCUGCCCGCUCCUGGUGACCAUCGGCGUGGCGCCCAGGACUGUCGCCUUCGAGGAGGCCAAGGCCGCUGCCGAGCACGUAAAGGGUACCAUCCUUGGCCAAGCCGGCUUCCACGACAUUGAAGUCGCCAUCCGCGAGUGGACGACGAGCCUGUCAGGUAGUGGCCCCAAGCUCCCGUCCCUCCAUCCCCUCGUCGACGGACGAACCACCGAGUUCCGCCAUCCUUUUGCGUCCACGCUCGACCUCUACAUAGCACCCCUCAAGAUGCCCUACUACGAGGGCACCGUCGGCCUUUACCUCCGCCGCAGCAAUGACAGCGACGACAUCCUCGCUUUAACGGCUGCCCAUGUUGCUCGCCCUCCUCCCAUGCACCCCAACACGGGCUUGACGCACAAGGGUAGCAGCCAGCAUCGCGAUGAGAUCAUUGCCCUCGGCAGCAAGGCCUACGAGGACGCCACCACCAAUAUUAUCUCUAGAAGCGGCACCCUCCACAAAACCAACGCUUCGUUGGAGGAGAAGAUCAGUAGGCUGGAACGGCUGCAGGCCGAAGGCAGGGGAGAUGCUGAGACGGUCGCUUCGGCGCUCCUGAGGCAGGAUGUGGUUAGGGCGACGAGGAAUAUAAAACGGCUAGAUCGCCUUCAUGGUGAGGUUACAAAGUUCUUGACAAUGCCGAAGCAGCGACGCAUUGGCUUCGUUCUGCACGCCGACCCCAUCGGCGUCUCCUCCUCGGAACCCGACGGAUACACGAUCGACUGGGCCGUCAUCCAACUCAACAAAGACGCUUUCUACUUGGGUGAAUUCAAGGGAAACAAAGUCUAUAUCGGGGGUAAGAUCAAGGAGGAAGAAUACCGCGACCUCAUGUUCCCCAACCACACGGACCGGGCUGGCUACGAGUACCCGAAGGAUGGCCUCCUCCAGAUCUACGGCGUCAUGCCCGAGAGCGAGAUCCACCAGCCCACGCAGCUCAACGCCAACGGCGACAACGCGAUGCCCGUUAUCAAGAACGGCAUGACCACAGGCGCCACCGUCGGCUGGGUAAACGGACUCAAAUCCCUCGUUCGUCACCAUUACAUCGACUGCGGCCUCGAGUUUACGGCCUCGAGACCACGGUUGUGCCCUACAGUCAAGGGCGUGGCGCCUUUUCUGGCCAAGGCGACUCUGGUGCUGUCGUCCUUGACAGAGAAGGCCGUAUUGUUGCUGUGCUCACUGGGGGUGGCGGCACGGCUGAUGAGACCGAUGUCACCUUUGGGACUGCGUGGUAUGAGCUUGAGCCGCACAUCCAGAAGACCUUGCCUGGCUGCUUCCUCUACCCGGAAGUCCCUGACGAUGAUUAGGUUGGUGCGGGUUUGUCAAGGGCCCGGGUGUACCCUGCACAGGUUGGUGCUGGCGCUGAGGGUUAGCACCUUGAUGUAUGUAUAUUAG